ACACCGAAAGCGUCGAUUUUCCGUGAAAAAGCGUCGCGACGCUCGCUCGAAUACCACGCAAUCGUGAUCGCAUUUUCCGCCGAUUAAUUUUUAAUGAGCGGUUCAACCUCACCGUAAAUAUCCUAUGUCCGAUUCUGAUCCCACGUGCUUUUCGAAUUAGAUUUAGUGUUCCCUUUUUUGACGCUUAUCACAAUUUACGAUUCAAUAUAAAGUGUGGUACUUUUUACUUUUGGUGUUAAUCAAAAAGUUUUUUUUUAGUCCGUUAAUAAAAAUGUGAGAAGAAAUCAAAAAAUCUAAGCACUCAAACUUUUAAAUUCUCUCGUUUUACUUUUAUAUAAAAUGAAUCUGUUGAAAUGAAAUGCUGAAAGUUGGAAAUUUAAUGAAGAUCCUUGAAUUCCCAACGUGACUACGAAUUAAUUGACGUAGCUUUGACCACCUGCAGGAUAUUAUCCCUUGGCAAAUACAAUUCCGACGAAAGUUACUACCUAGGUUAAAGGUCACGUUCCUCGUCAUCUGAAUUCAUCGUCUAGUUUUGUUACAAACUUUGAAAUUGUGCAAAGGAGAAUGAUACGCGGUCCGUCGAAGUAUUAAAUCACAAGAUGGCCAUCCUGACAACUUGUUGUUGUUGGAACAACGUGAGAAAGGGAAGCUUCGCGUGCGGAAUCUAUUAUAUGGUGUACUUUACGAUCUUUGCGGCAAUGACAUGCUCUGUGCUUCAUCAAGAAUUAUUACUCCUUAGGAAUGAAACUUCUACUAAAAUGGAGAGUUUUUUAGAUCCUGAUAUGGCUUCUAUAACAUCCACAAUAUUUACAGGUGUAAUAUUUGGGUUUUCAACGUUAGGAAUAGUAACUUCAAUAUUACUCUUAUAUGGAUUAUACAGAAAUCAACGUUUGUUGUUAAUACCAUGGAUUUUCGUAAUUAUUGGAUUUCUUAUUGUCGAUCUGGUCCAUUGUUUCUAUAUGAUCGUCGUCAACGCGAUUAACGUAAAUCCAGCAACAGCAAUGUUAGUAACAAUAGAUUUCUUUCUAAACUCUCUAAAUGUAUAUGCCUUAUUAUGUGUAAUAUCACAAUACCAAGAACUGAAAGGUGGAAGAGGAAGAGCUGAAGAUCAUGCAAAUAGAAUUCCCAGUAUACAUUAUAGUUCACAACCAACAGCAACAACUUAUUUGAGUACAAAAAAAGCGAUGACAUACACAGAAGCUCGUCCAUCACCAACUCAAAGCCCAACAGGAACGGGACCACAUACAUCAUUAGGAACAGAAGAACCUUCACCUCACAUACUCAAUAGAGGUCCAAGAAAAUCCGUGAAAUUUCCUGAUAGUCCAACGUAUAAUGGAGUGCAAGACGACUGGUCAAUGAUGAUGAUAAAUGCUUCGCUAAAUCAUCACAUAACGUUCUGAAAGGAUAUAAAUCAAAAAAAAUAUAGUAAAAAGAGGUUGGACUCGAUGUAAUGAAUCGAUUGAAUCCAUGAAAAGUUAAAAAUUGGAAGUUUAUAUUUAAUAGUGUUUUGUUGUAAAGUGUACUCAAUAAAUUAAUAAAAAUGCAAUAAUUAUUAAUGAAAAUGUAAGAUUUAUGAGUAUGUUAAUUUUAGUUAACAUGUGCAUAAAAGAAUGUGAUAUUUAUACCAUAAAAUUUUGUAUACGGAAACUAUAUCAUUAUGACACAAUUAAAUUUACAUUAUUGUACAAUGAA